AAUAAUUUUCUCGAAAAUCCCAUCUUUUUUUCUCACAAUCCAAGAGCCCCAAACUACCAAAAUUCUUCUUCAUCAGUCAAGAAAAAUAACCCUUUUUUUUCCUCGUCACUUAAAGAAUAAGUUGAAGAGUUUUCAAUCGAUGAAUGCAUCUCAGUUCAUGGACAAGCAAAUAAUGGACUUAACUUUAUCUUCUUCUUCACCUCCCCAUAAUUCCCACAAAGAUUUCAUCGAUCUGAUGAGUCACCCACAAAACGAAGAUAAUCACAAUCAAUUCUCUGGGUUUAGCGCUAGCAGUAACGGGGCUAGCAAGGUGGAGAUGUUUACCGACUAUGAUUUCGAACCGAUCAGACCCGUUUCAACCAGUCUUGAUGCUGCUGGAGUUUUUAGUAAUCCCAGGUCUUGGAGUUCGAUCGAUUCUAAAGCUAAGAAUUAUGGUUCUCUUGAUUCCCUUGAACCUGCAAAAGGCAUUUUGGACAAGGACCAAAGCGCCUUCGACACAUCAAUUUUGGCUGAGAUUGAUCAAACCAUGAAGAAACAUACCGAUAAUCUGAUGCACAUGAUGGAAAAAGUAAGUGAUCGGUUGACUCAGCUGGAGAGUAGAACUCGUCACCUCGAGAAUUCUUUGGAUGAUUUGAAGGUGUCUGUAGUAAACAAUCACGGAAGCACCGAUAGGAAAAUGAAACAGCUGGAAAAUAUUUUGACCGAGGUGCAAACCGGGGUUCAUGAUUUAAAAGAAAAGCAAGAGAUAAUGGAAGCUCAGUUGCAGCUUGCAAAGCUGCAGGUGAGCAAGGUAGACCAGCCAUCUGAAACCCAGAAUACUGUGCGGACAGAAUCCGUUCAGCAAGUUGCAUCUGCUCCUUUUCAAUCUCACCAACAGCUUCCCCUGGCUGCCUCUUUCCCACAAUCACUUCCUUCUGUUCCUCCUCCAGCUCUUCCCCAACCGAGUUUGCCACCACAGGUUCAGCAUGCGAACCAGUUCCCUCAGAGCCAUGUUCCUUCUGUUCCUCAGCAAGACCCUUACUAUCCACCGCCUGGUCAAACUCAAGAGACUCCAAGUCAGCAAUUUCCAAUGCCACCUACUCAGCAACCACAGCUCCCUCCUGCAACACCACCUCAUCAACCAUAUCAACCAGCACCUCCACCGCAAUAUUCUCAACCUCCGCAGCCCCUUCAACUCCAACCUUCUGUAGGCCACCAUCCGGAAGAGGCACCUUACCCCCCUUCUCAGAUCUAUCCACCGAAUCUGCGCCAGCCACCUUCUCAACCACCCAGUGGUGGUCCUUCUUCCUCUCAACAAUAUUAUGGGGCUCCGCCCCAGUUGCGUGAGCCAUCACCAUCCAGCAGGCCUGGUCCAGGCUUUUCUACCGGAUAUAUCCCACAAUCUGGUCCAAGUGAACCCUAUGCUUAUGGUGGAUCACCUUCACAAUAUGGCAGUGGCAACCCAAUGAAAAUGCAGCAACUCCCAUCUUCUCCCAUGGGACAAAAUUCCGGAAGCGGUUACCCACAGCUUCCUACUGCUAAGAUAUUACCUCAUGCAUUGCCCACCGCUUCUGGGGUCAGUGGUGGAUCCAGUCCUUCUGGACCUGGUAACAGGGUUCCCAUUGAUGAUGUGAUUGACAAAGUAACCACCAUGGGAUUCCCCAGAGAUCAUGUUAGAGCAACUGUUAGAAAGUUAACAGAGAAUGGCCAGUCUGUUGACCUCAAUGUGGUGUUGGAUAAGCUAAUGAAUGAUAGCGACGUACAGCCACCGCGAGGGUGGUUCGGCCGGUAACCUGGCAUCACCGAUUCAUUCAUGCUGAUGUAUAGUGUGUGUUUUAUCGCUUGAUUCUCGUUGAACUUGUUUGGAGCUUAGUUGCCAUAUUUCACCCCACUUGCUGCUUCGCUCUUGUUUCUGAACUUUAACUUGUUUUCUUAGCUUAAACUUGAAUUGUUUCUAUUUGUGUUUUUCAGCGUCAUGCUUUUUUAUAUUUGUGUAUACUUGCAAUAAUUUUAAUUAAGUUGCCCAAGUUUUUUCA